UACUGUGGAACAAUCAUUGUUUGGCUAAACUUUUGUCAUUAUAAUAAAUUCAGCUUACUGAGUGCAAGUUGAUCUGUGAACAGUGAUAUUUAAAUUUUGCAGGAGUUAUAACUACUCUGUGACAAGAAAAACAGUUUAAUAUAACAUCAGUGGUGUACGGUGCACAUAGGAAUAAAUCAGUAUCUCUUAACUUAAUGGUAUUAAUUUAAUGAUAAAAAGCAGAAGAUAGUUUCAUUAAUUGUAAGUAAAUACGCCUUACCUCUAAUAAUAUAUGAUUGUCAAUGACACUGCAUACAGAGAACUCUAACUGAAUCGUCUUUAUCGACGUCUUCCGGCCAAGCGAUCUGCCUAUCUUAUUUAGUAUUGCCCUAGAUCUUGGCCGCAUUGUAUUGAAAUGGCCAAAGAAUUGAAUGCACUAUCACAAAAUAGUGAAUUAGGAAAAAACAAAGCUACUGAAGAUAUAACAAAGAAAAAGAAAAACACAGCCAUCGAAGGAGGAUGGGGAUAUGUGGUGUGCUUCGGCAUGGUGAUCAGUUUUAUAGCAGGCAUGGGCCACAUAAACUCUUUUGGGUUAAUAUACAAUGAUUUCAUGAAUGACACACAUUCUACUGCUAAAUCUUUGACAUCUGCACAGGGUGUUUUUGCAAUGAUGCUAGCUAUCGGAGGCAUGAUUCUUAACGUAUUGUCAAAAGUAUGUUCAUUGAGGCAGGGUGGAUUCAUUGGAGCUGCAUUGAUAAGCUUGGGAUCUAUUUUAACUAUAUUCAUCACUAAUAUCAAUCAGUUACCAUUUACUUUCGGUGUACUCCAGGGAAUUGGUUUUGGAAUCAUAGUCCCUGUAUCGUACUCAACUUUGAAUUUUUACUUCGUAAGAAAGAGGACUACAGUCAUGAGUGCUUGCAAGGCCAUACAAGGAUUUGUACUGAUGUGGUACCCACAACUGAUAAAAAAACUUAUAAUCCAGUAUGGAUUCAGAGGAACUUUGUUGUUGAUAAGUGCAAUAUCGCUGCACACGAUUCCCGGUAUGGCGGUAAUGACUAAAUCGAAGAAGAACGUUAGAAAUAUGGCAGCAAAUGAUGAUGUUGAAUCUCGUAGAAAUAUUGAAGAGAAUGUUGAUUUACUAGAUCAAAAAGAAAAUGAAGAACCAAGUGGUGUUAAGAACAAAAUCAAUAAAGCAAGGUUUAUAUUGGAGGAGGUUUUCUGCUUAAAGGUUCUCAAAGAUCCAGUUUAUGUUAAUAUUUGUUUGGGACAAAGUUUUGUGAACUUUUCCGACCUCAUGUUUUUCAUGCUGCAGCCAAUGUUAUUGUUUCAAUAUGGCUACAACCGUAGUGAAGUAGCAACUUGCAUUUCUAUAGGAGCAGGCGCCGAUGUGGCUGGCAGAGGUGCAUUGGCAUUGCUGAGUAGUAUCAUUUCUAUUGAAACCAGAACUAUAUUUUAUAUGGGCUCAUUUUUCACACUGGUCAUGAGAGUUGUGCUCUUCCAAGUCCGCCAGUUCACCUGGGUGAGCACAGUGACAGCUGUGCUGGGUUUCCUCAGAGCCUGGCUUCAUGUGACCAGUCCCCUGGUCAUAUCCAGCCACGUGCCGCAUCAAGAUUUCCCUGGCGCGUACGCACUCUACCUGUUGACCGCUGGCGUUGUCAAUAUGAUUGUGUCACCUAUGAUUGGCCAACUAAAGGACACGUAUGAGGACUUUACUCCGGCCUUCUACGCGCUAUGCAUCUGCUGUCUACCGUGCUUGGUGCUUUGGCCUCUUGAGUACUUUUGGCAAGGAAAAAUGAAUAAAACUGUCGUAGAAUCUAAUAAAUAAACAUGUAUUAAGUACACAUUAAUACACUUUAAAAUAAUUGA